CUCAGUAUGUGGCCCUGCCCGCGUUUACUAGUCACUCCGCUCCCACAACAAGGAAAAGUAUAGAAACACAAGUACUUUCUUUAUCAGUACUUGUAAGCUCUACUUUGUCAUUCAUCAUACUCAAAUGCAAUAGUUUGUACAGCAACAUCGCGUGCACAAGGAGAGCGCUGAAAUAUUUUUUUGCAACUGCAUAUCAUCCACUGUGUCAAAAAUGGGGAACUUUAUCGAAACCAAUUAAUCGGAAUUAACUUGACUAAUACAAGCGAUUGAUCAAAAGAUACGCCGUUCAUGAUCUGUGCACUUUACUGAUAAGAAAAGGCCGGUACUCUUGACUGAUCGAUCAAAAGGGGAGAUAAUGGGGCAUCCUCCACUCGAGUUCAGCGACUGCUACUCCGACAGUCCUGAUUUCAGAGAGAGACUAAAAUGCUACGAAAACGAACUGGAAAGAACUAGCAAGUUCCUCAAGGAUGUGAUCAAGGACGGGAACAGUGUGAUCAACACGAUUAAAGAUUACUCGCUGGCUGUGCAGAAGUUCUCUCAGACCCUUCAGUCGUUCCAGUUUGAUUUCAUCGGUGACACUCUGACCGAUGAUGAGAUGAACAUUGCUGAGUCAUUUCGAGAGUUUGCUGGUCUUCUGCAGGACGUGGAAGAGGGCCGGAUGAUGCUGGUCCAGAAUGCCUGUGACUUGCUCAUUAAACCUUUGGAAAAGUUUAGAAAAGAACAGAUUGGAGUCACAAAGGAGAGACGCAAAAAAUUUGAGAAGGAGAGUGAGAAGUAUUACUCUCAGUUGGACAAACAUGUGAACCUGUCAUCAAAGAAAAAGGAGACACAGCUACAGGAGGCCGAUGAACAGUUGGAUAAGGAGCGUCAGGCAUUUUACGAGUCGUCUGUUGAGUAUGUGUACCAGAUCCAGCAGGUUCAAGACAGGAAGAAGUUUGAUGUUGUGGAGCCUGUUUUGGCGUUUCUGCAGAGCAUCUUAACUCUGAAUAAUCUGACAGUGGAGAUGACGCAGGACUUUCUUCCUUACAAGCAGGAGCUUCAGCUCAGCCUACAGAAUACCCGUAACCACUUUGAGAGCACCAGAGAGGAGAUGGAAGAGCUAAUGAAGAGGAUGAAACAGCCGGCACAGAUCUGUAUUAGACAAGGCCAGCAGCCAACCAUGGAGGGAUACCUCUAUGUACAGGAGAAAUGGGCUCUGGGUGUAACCUGGGUGAAGUAUUAUUGUAAAUACUUCAAGGACAACAAGUUAUUCAUUAUGUUGCCAAUGGAGCAAAAAACAGGGACCAAACAGACCACAGCUCAACUCACACUGAAGUCCUGCAUUCGCCGUAAAACUGACUCCAUUGAUAAACGCUUUUGUUUUGACAUUGAGACAAAUGAAAGGUGCAGCCCUGUCCUGCUCCAGGCUAUUUCUGAGGCUAACAGGAAGCAGUGGAUGGAGGCCAUGGAUGGGAAAGAACCAAUUUAUCAUUCUCCAAUACAAAAGCAGGCAGAGAUGGAGCUGAAUGGCCUGGGCUUCAAGUUUGUCAGAAAAUGCAUCAACUGUGUGGAAACGAAAGGGCUGACUCAGGAAGGAGUUUACAGGACGGUCGGCAGCAACAUUCAAGUACAAAAACUUCUGAAUGCCUUCUUUGACCAGAAGUGUCCAGGUGAUGUAGAUUUCAGUUCUAAUGAUUUGGACAUUAAGACCAUUACUAGUGCCUUGAAAUUCUAUCUACGGAGUCUAAGUGAACCGCUUAUGACCUACAGUCUGCACGGGGAACUGAUCUUAGCAGCAAAGUCUGAGAAUCUGGAUUAUCGAUUAGGAGAGGUUCACUCUCUUGUUUACAAACUUCCAGAGCGGAAUAGAGAGAUGUUGGAACUGCUAAUCAAACACCUGGUCAGUGUGUGCAGCCAAAGCAGUGAAAAUCUGAUGACGGUGUCAAACAUGGGUGUAAUAUUUGGCCCCACUCUCAUGAGAGCAGAAGAGGAGACGGUGGCGGCUAUGUUGGAUAUAAAGUUUCAGAAUAUCAUCAUGGAGAUCCUCAUCGAGGGCUAUAGCAAGAUCUUCAAGGGUCCUCCAGAAGAAGCCACACUGCCUCCUAUCCCGCCUCCAAGGAUAGCGCCACGGAAACGGCAGCCAAUCACAAUCUCAAAACGCCCACCCCGUCUUUAUCCUGACCUUCAGCCUCCAUCUUGCGAGAGGCAAGAGCAAAAUGGUGCCACCCACAACGGAGGGGAACCUGAGGGUAAUGCCAGCCUCACCAGUCCGGUUCCACACCAAAGAACGAAACUGGCACCUCCUUCCAUCUGUCCUCCAUCAGUCCCUCUCUCCUCGCCAACAUCUCGGAGGCCAGGUCUUCCCAAAGCUCUCCGCCCCUUGGAUUGUGAUGCUGCCAAGAUAGAAAUUAGGAUACAGGAUAAUCAGAGGUCGGAUGCCAUGGUGACAACCAAUGGGGAAUCAGGAGCGACAGUGAACCGAGCUCUGUCUUUCCAGGGACGGACGCCACAGCCCAAAGUUAUUACCGGAGAGGGUCAGGGGCUGAAAGGACGAUCUUUCUCAGAGAAGAGUUCCAUCUGCCGGCCACCCACUAGACCACCAGACCCGCCAUCCCGUUGCCCUGCUAAAACUGAAGACACACCAGCAUCAUAUGUCGCCUCCAAAACCAAAUUUUUCGAAAAUGCUUCUAGACAGAUGGGGAGCUUCUGUCAGAUUUCUUCUUCUAACACCUCACAUGCAGCUUCUAAAGAUGAGAACACUAAAUAAGAAAUCACCACUACGACUGACUUGUGGACCAAUUAACACACAGCAGCGGUCAAGAGUCUGUUUGUGUGUUGCUCAGGCCUGAGUCUGGAUUUGGUUUUGGGAGACACAUUAUAAAUGUUACUGAGAGCCAUGGCACCACCCCUAAACCCAAGUUUUGUUUUUGAGAAUGAAUCAAAAAGGGUACUGUUUUUGUGUGUGCAUGAUGCACUUCCCUGCCACAUUUUUAUCACUUGAUCAUUUUGUGGUAAAAAACAGUCUUUGAUUCUUACUCGGAUCAAAGAACAAAACGAAAAGUCAUGUCAUGUGAACAAUAGGGAUAAUUUCCCCCUUUCCCUCCCUCAUUGUGUCUCUCAAUAUAUCCUCUUUUCUCUGACCUACAUACAUUAAGUGACUGAUAGAGACUAACAGCUUACAGUCUCACUCCUGCACAUACGUCAGCACUACAGACUUGGCUUUAAGAGAGACUGAAGGUGGAAUACACACUGAGUGUAUUAUAUAAAACUGAGAAUCAACACUAAUCAGCAUUUAUGCAGAAGCAGAAUAUGGUUCUAUUAAAUCUGUUAUUAUCUCAGUAAUUAGUAACUGAAAGGAGAUGAAUGGACCUGGGUGCUGGUUCUCGAUGUUUUUGACAAGCAAAGUUACGAUAAUUGCAAAGUGUCUCUCCUUUCAUCUGGUGGGCCACACCUGUGGUUUUCCUACAGCAAACCAAAAGGGACUGAGGAAAUUUCAUUAUAUCGACAAGUUCACAGGGCAAAGUAUGCUUUAGUAGGCUUGUCUCUCCCUGUCUCCUGCUUUUUAAGAUGAUCAGUCUACCUUAAUAAUAAAGAGAACUUUACUUACUUUACGUUUUUUUUUUUUUUAAAUGGACCUGUCUCAAUCUUCAGUCGAAACGUGUUUGAUCUCAAAAUAAUGUGAGCCUUAACCAGAUGUUUCUUUUGUGAAUAAAAAAUGUGAAACCUAAAGACUUGAUAAGUCUCAUUUUCAC